CCUGAACGAACUUUCUUGCCAUUGAAAGACAGGAAAAUCCCAUUUGUCAAUACAUGCGUUUGUAGUGUAUACACCUUUUGAACCCAUGUGGUGGAGGUGGUAUUUGUAUAAGGAAAGGUCUGGUCUGAUUUACCUUUUUCCACCUUAAAAGGGCCAUCCUGUGAUAAAGGUCUUUCGUGCACAGCAGACGGUCCUUAUUCACCUGCAGCUGUGCAGCAUUUCCUGAUUCCGGGACUAGCAUUCUCGUUUCGGCACUGGGGGCGGCGGCCGGAGUUUUGUAAUUCUUGAUUAAUCCAUCGAAAUGGGCAGCCUCUCCCUCUCCAGUGUUGGCCUGACCAUGGUUUGUGCACCCGUAAUGGGUGAAUCUGUUGACCAAGUGGUUGAAGAAAUGCACAAGGCGAAGGCACAAGGUGCAGACGUAGUUGAGGUCAGGCUGGAUUGCAUCAAGCAAUUUCAGGCUCACCAGGAUCUUGAAAUCAUCCUCAAGAGCAAGCCGUUACCGGUUAUCAUUGUUUACAGGCCUAAAUGCGAAGGGGGGCUCUAUGAAGGUGACGAGACAGCCCGGUUGGAAGCACUUCGUUCUGCUCUAAAAUUAGGUGCUGAUUAUGCCGAUUUCGAGCUCAAGGUUGCUGCUGAACUUAUGAGUAAGCAGAAUAAGUUGCAUUGUGGAGGUACCAAAGUGAUAGUUUCAUGCUUUUUGGAUGGCGUGACCCCUUCAAAAGAAGAACUUAGCAAUCUUGCUACCCAUAUGAAAGCUACUGGUGCAGAUAUUAUCAAAAUUGUCACUAGUGCAAGUAACAUCACAGAACUGGCCAUACUUUUUCAUUUACUGUCUUAUAGCCAGAUGCCAGUAGUUGCAUAUGCUGUUGGAGAAAGGGGUCUUAUCAGCCAAUUGUUGAGUCCCAAAUUUGGCAGUACUUUAGUCUAUGGCUCAAUAGAAGGAAUGGCAGUUCCCGGUCUUCCUACUCUGGAAAGCCUAAGAAAAGUGUACAAAGUUGAGCACAUCAAUUCAGAUACAACAGUUUUCGGCCUCAUCUCAAAACCAGUUGGCCACAGCAAAGGUCCAAUUUUGCAUAACCCUACGUUCAGACAUAUGAAUUUCAAUGGACUUUAUGUCCCAAUGUUCGUUGACAAUCUUAAAGAAUUCUUCGAAGUAUACUCUACCCCUGACUUCGCUGGUUUUAGUGUGGGGUUUCCAUACAAAGAAGCUGUCAUUCAGUUUUGUGAUGAAGUACAUCCACUCGCUCAGACCAUUGGUGCUGUUAACACUAUAGUAAGGAGGCCUAGCGAUCGGAAAUUAAUCGGGUAUAACACAGAUUGUGAGGCUUCAGUAACUGCCAUGGAAGAUGCUCUGCAAGAAUGUCGAUGCAUUAAUGGUGAAAAGUCUUUGGUUUCUCCACUGGCGGGCAAAGAGUUUGUGCUAGCUGGCGCUGGAGGUGCAGGACGAGCUUUGGCUUUUGGUGCUAAAACCAGAGGAGCUCGGAUCAUUAUUUUUGACAUCGAUUUUGAAAGGGCAAAGAUGCUUGCUCAUGCUGUUUCUGGCGAAGCUAGGCCUUUUGGGGAUUUACCUUAUUUCCAGCCGGAGAAAGGGUCAAUUCUUGCUAAUGCGACACCGAUCGGAAUGCAUCCAAACAAGGACCGAAUACCGGUUUCUGAGGCGAGUUUGGGGGUUUUCCAGCUUGUCUUCGAUGCUGUGUAUACACCAAGAAAGACCACUCUACUAAAGGAAGCCGAGGCUGCCGGAGCAAUUACUGUGAGUGGAGUUGAAAUGUUCCUCAGGCAGGCCAUAGGCCAGUUCAAUCUCUUUACCGGAGGAGAAGCACCCAAGGAGUUCAUGAGGGAGAUAGUUUUGGCCAAGUUCUGAACAGCUGCGACAACGGCGAUGCUACAAUGACAACAUCAUGUCCUCGUUUGACUGUUCGCCAAAAUAGCUCUAGCUCAGCGGGGAGAAAAAAUAAAACAGUUGAAGUAAUUUAAAUUGGUGUCAUCUGUUCGAGUGAAUUCAUUCCGUUGUAUCGACGUUCUUCCCUGUGCUACUCCAAUUGGUGAUGGAAUAUCCAAAGUUUAAAGCUGUUCUCAACACAAUUUGAAUGAUGAUUAUUCUUUCUCCGGC